CCCCGGCGCCUCCCGCCGCGGGGCGGCCCCGGCCGCGGCCCUGCGCGCGGGGGUGGCGGGGGCGGCCCCGGGGGCGGAGCGGCGCGGAGCGGCGGCGGCGGCAGGGAGCAGCGGCGGCGGCGGCGGGCGGCGCCCAUGGCCGGGCCGCGGGAGCUGGAGCGGUGGCUCAAUAAAGCCACUGACCCAAGUAUCCCUGAGGAAAACUGGGAAUGCAUCCAGCGGUUCUGUGACCAGGUGAACACAGACGCAGAAGGCCCGUCGCUUGCACCAAGGCUGCUGGCGCAUAAGAUACAGUCACCCCAAGAGAUGGAAGCUCUGCAUGCUCUGACUGUGCUGGAGACCUGUGUGAAUAACUGUGGUGAAAGGUUUCACAGUGAAAUAGCAAAAUUCAGAUUUCUGAAUGAACUGAUAAAAGUGCUUUCCCCAAAGUACCAUGGAACCUGGUCUUCAGAAAAAGUCAAGUCAAGAGUCACAGAAAUAAUAUUCAGUUGGACAGUUUGGUUUCCUCAGGAAGUUAAAAUCCGGGAUGCUUAUCAGAUGCUGAAGAAACAAGGGAUUGUAAAAGAAGAUCCCAAAUUGCCAGAAGACAAAAUUUUACCUCCCCCUUCUCCGAGACCUCAGAAUUCUAUUUUUGACACAGAUGAAGAGAAAUCCAAGCUCCUAGCAAGACUUUUGAAGAGCAACCAUUCUGAAGACCUGCAGGCUGCCAACCGCCUCAUCAAGAGCAUGAUUAAAGAGGAACAAGAAAAGUCAGCUAAAGUUUCCAGAAGAGCGAAUACAAUCAGUGAGGUUUCUGAGAAUGUUAAACUGAUGAAUGAAUUACUGGACAACUACAAGAGACAAGAAUUAUCCAAAUCUGACCGUGACACUCUACAGAAUCUAUCUGAACGCUGUGAGAAGCUCAGGCCGCUGCUGUUUCGCCUUGCCAGUGAGACAGUUGAUGACGAUGAGGCUUUAGCUGAGAUACUGCAGGCCAAUGACAAGCUCACACAGGCUCUCGGACAGUACAAGCAGAUUGUAGCCAGCCAUGAAGACAGUGGUGGAGGUUCAGUAGCCAGCUCCACUGAUGCACCAGGGCUAAUCUCUGUAACGCUUUCUGCUAUUUUCAAAGCAUGUCAGACACCUCCAAGACGGAUGAAGAGCUAUACACUGAUUGACUUCUCAGAACUGGAGGCAACAUCCCAGUCUUCCACAGAUCAAUUUUCAAAGAUAAUCCCUGCCUCCCGGCACAGCAGCACAGCCUCUACCUCUCUGCUCGAUGAGGAGUUAACAUCACUAGAUUUCAGCAACUCUCCUGUUCUACAGAAACCACCAUAUGAUUUUGGCUCAGCAGAGGCUGCUGUACACAAUGGAUAUAGUGAAAUCGCAAGUGCCGUGCAAACAUUGGGACUGAAGGAGAGCUGGGAAGAGAGCUGUUUAGAGAAGAAUGAAUUUCAGGGCCUGGCUGAGCAGCUGUCUCCACCUUCCAGGAGGAAGACAUUAUCCUUGGAUUUAUCACCAAUGAAAUUGCCCUUUCCAGAUCUUCCAAAUAGCUCAGUGGCAGAAACUUCAUUCUCCAGCCUAGGCUACGAGCUGAAGCCUGCUGCCUCUUUGCAUCCAGCCUCCCAUGAUGCUUCUCUAGCAAACCUUUUUGUCCCUUUAAUUUCAAUUACACCGAGCAGUAUCUGUCCACUUACUGUGUAUGAUCAAAAUGGUUUCAAGGCUAUGCUCCACUUCUCCAGAGACCCAGCUCCUGGCCGACCAGAUGUGCUAGUGAUGGUUCUUUCCAUGCUGAGCACAUCAGCUCAACCAAUUAAGGACAUAGAGUUCCAGGCUGCAGUCCCAAAGACUAUGAAAAUAAAGUUACAACCAGCAUCCGGUUCUGAGCUUCCUGCCUUCAGCCCUUUUCUUCCUCCAGCAGUGAUAUCCCAAGUCCUGUUGCUAGCCAAUCCACACAAAAAUCCCAUCCGACUACGAUACAAAUUAAUGUUCGUGCAAGGUGUGCAGCCCUUCAGUGAAGUGGGAGAGGUGACUGGCUUCCCAGAAGCAGAGCUCUGGAGCAGCAGCUGAACUUCAUGAGUCUUGGACAUUGCCAUAUUGCCUUACAGCAGUGAAUGGGGGGUGCACAGGGGGCGGGAUUGUGUGCCAGGAAUGCCAGCCUGGGCUCAUUAAUGGCUCCUUUCCUCAGGAUCUGUUGUUUCCUUCUUGCUCUUGGUUUCUUUGCAUGUGUCUGGCAGGAGGAAUGUAAAGUGGCUGCUUUAGCACUGGCCUUUUUAUAUAGCUGACCCUGCUUUACAGGAGAUAGUGUUCUGCAGAGCGCUGCGGUGUGGGAGCCUGGUUGCUUCUUUCAUACAAGUGUUUCCUGCUGUUUUCUGGGCCAGUAUUCCUUUUUUCACUUUACAUGUUUUUCUGAGUGAAAAAAGAUUAUCAAGAAUCAGACCUUGUGGCAGACUGCUUAGCACCAGGAAAGACUCCAUGCCAGGGAUGUCCCCGCUGUGUUUUCACUGGGGUCUGUAUGCUAACGUGCAGACAAGAACAUAAGAAAUGGUGAUACUGGGCUAUGCAGCCGCAGGUGGAUUUGGUUUAUAUGGCCGGGUACAAAAUAGAGAGUUGAGAGUAAAUACUGGGAGGGCUUUUAGGCCUAUCCAAGAGACAAACCUGGCGAGCAUCACCAACUUCUGUGUCACUAGGACCUAGCUCCAAACCUGCUCUUGCCAUGGCUUCUUCCUCCGGGCCUUCUCAGCUCAGAAGAUGUUUCUGGGGCAGCCAGGGGAUUUCUCGACAAAGCCACCCGCUGUAUGUGAGCUGAACAGGUUUCAUGACUGCAUAAAACCAAAGCUGUUCUGAGA